AUGAACGCUUUCAAGAAUCUUACGGCGAAAAUGCCUCCCCACACACCCGUAUCUCUAUGGCGGGUCACCAACGAGAAUCGCUUACUCCUGCGCUUCCUCAUGCUGCCAUGCCUCGCACUAGCAUGCAAGAGUGGCUCUCUGAAACAGAUCCUGAAGAAUAUAUGGCAGCCACGCGAAAUCCUCGAUCCCAGAGUCAAUGUUGUCAUCUCGGUCUCGCUUACGAUAAUCGUCACUCAAACCAAGAAACUUAACUCAUUGUUUUACUUAUGGCUGCUAUUUAUGGUAUUUGUUGUCAACGACUUUGAUGUCCAACUAAACCAUCCACAAGUAUCCCCAUGGUACCGCGAGUGCUGCUUCUGUCUCGCGAUCGUCCAAACUUGUGUGACCGUCUUCUUUGCCCUCAAAGUCGAGAACUCCGCAUGUUCAAUAUGCUCACGGAAGCGGUUCUCCUUGGCCGAUGUUACCGGAGAGGCAAGAAACUCUCGGCCUGUAUAUUUUGUUUCAACGCCGGCCUUUGGCUCCCCGCUUCUGAAUAGACGCAUAAAACGCUUGCUGGAUCGUGGAAACGCACUGCUUGCGAGAGGCUAUGUCGACUACGUCACUAAAAUCGCUGGAAGGAAGUUGAGCGAUAAAGAGAAAAAGAUGUUGUUGUCGGAUCCAGCAUACAUGGCCAGGUUUAUAGAGGCAUCAGGGUGUCUUUUAUCCAUUCCGAUACUAUUCCACGGGCUCGAAUCACCUUCAAGUCUGCUUUCACUACCGUUGGGAAAACGCUACAGUCUACUCCUGAUUAUCAUGGGCCGAAACAUGCAGACGGCUCUUCUUUGGACUCCAUGGGACCUUGUAUGCCACCAUGCACUAGAGGUCGGCGGGAUCCUUUAUGAACUCAAGCGAUCAGGAGGGCUGGACGAUUCCAUUGAGCUUCAGAAACCCCCUCGAAACCUCAACGGUUCUAAAGAUAGAGGGAAAAUGGUUUUGUCUCGUACCCAAGUCGGCAAGACGUUUUUCAACCAUGACGAAAUUCUCCAAUGUGGCGAUGAACUGAUACAAAUAUCCCCGAACUAUGAUUUAAUAACCUAUAACUGCCAAGCACUGCGCUACAAUCUCUUUCGAAGAAUCCUAGAUGAUAAUACUAGCAAUGUCCUGCGAACAGACUGGUCAUACGAGCACCCAAAUGGUCUUCUGAUACCAAUGAUAUUCUCGGUGUUCACCGACUUUGACCCCUUUAGCAAUUUCACCACAAUCUCUGGGCUUCUUCGUGGCAUGCUGGGAAUCAUACACUUCGACCACAUGCUCAAGGGAAUUACGUAUGGCACAUCAACAGCCUACGGGCGUCAAUUCUGCUUUCGCCGCGCUGGUUUGCUGGUUGGGGCCAUGCUUCUUUUUAGCCGUGUGGGCUCACCGAGCCUAGCGAGUGAGAAUGAAGAGCGGCCGUCCGUGAAAAGGGUCCUCGUUGUGCUGUUAUAUCUCCAAUGGGGAUUGACUAGUAUAGCUUGGUUGUUUCAGGUUGGUCGGGGGUACGCUCAAAAGAACAAGAAAGAAUUGGAGUCUCUACGGCUGCGUGCGAUCACCCGUGUCCUUGUUGCCCUUGUUAUUUCGAUCUUAAUGUAUGUUGAGAAAAAUUCCAGAGCAAAUGCAUGA